AUGCCGUGUUACCGAUUAUUGCCAUUUUCUAUUCUAACUACCAUUCUCUUCUUCUCUUUAACUUUCUUUACCUUCUGCCGGGGAGGGUCUCAUUUUCCCACCAUCCAAGCAACACACUUUUCAGGGAAAGUUAUUGAAGGAAAUUAUCUGAUUUCUAGGGGGACCAAAAGGGUGCUUGCUGAAGGAACCAAUGAUGAACCUGUUUUGAAUUCAUCUCUUGUGUUGGCAGCCAAAAGGACAUAUAGAAAAGAUCCUCUAGAUGAUUUCAAGAAAUAUACCGGAGGUUGGAACAUUAGUGAGCGCCAUUACUGGGCUUCUGUGGGUUUUACUGCUGCUCCCCUCUUUGUUAUUGCGGCAAUCUG